AUGGCAACAACAGAUCCCAUCCCGUCCAUUUCCAUAACACCCGAUCCUCUACGUGCUCUUAAGAGGGCUGCUUAUCUCGAAUCUACUAGUGGCAAAAAUAUUGAAGUGAUCCUGAUCGAUGGAUGGAAUCUACACAAGGCUAAUGUUGUCCGCUACAAUAAGUUACGCGAGGUUUCGGGGCCAUCGUCGGAACACCUGUUUGACACCGAGUAUCCACAGCAACUGAUUCGCGGCUACAACGAGCGUCGUUUACAAGCUCGUCGAGUUCAUCUUGUUUGGCAAGUCCGGGACAUCAAUAUUACUCUUGCGGCCGAGACGCUACUCAAUGGCGCACUAGACGAGGAUACCCUAGACGAUGGCUGGGAGUCUACCUUCAAUUUGCCAGAUGAACGGAACCCUGUCACCUUCGUCAUCCGCAACUUCAAAAGCCCCUACUACAGGACACUGAUCCGUGCAGACAACGAGUCACCGCGCGAGGCAAAGCUGAUGGAAGAGCAAAAAGAAGAUAAUAAACAUCUCGGAGGCCCUUUUGGCCGUUCGUCAAAGUGGUAUCAAAGCCUGCCGCCAGAAGAGUGCAACUACGGCACGACGGCGGUACGCAUCCCCGUAGCAGACGAUGUGUCGUUAUCAGGUGACCUUUAUUUCCCCAAAGGGCUACCGGAGGAUCGGGAGCCAAAGGGUUUCGUCCUCAUUCUAGGUUGUUACGGACGUGGAUCUACCUCAACAAUGCUCAAUGCCGUGGUGUUUGCAAGCCGCGGCUACCAGGCCCUACUUGUCAGCUCUCGCGGAACCUUUGGAUCUGAAGGUGUUUUCGUUCCUGGCAUGAGUGAACAAGCUGAUAGCCAAGCUAUUGUAAAGUGGCUACGCACGCAACCGUGGUACCCUGGAAGGUUCGCGACCUUUGGCGCCAGUUAUUUGGGCUAUACUCAGUGGGCACUGCUCCAUGACCCGCCUCUUGAUCUUGCGGCAUCAAUCAUCCUUUCUGGGCCCCACGAUCAAGCAGUCCACACUUGGGACAAGGGUGUCUUCCGCAUGGAUCGUAUCUCAUGGAACUACACUGUCGCCACUUUGGAAGGUCCGAAAAUCGAUUCAGGUACGGGAAACAGGAUUCUCUCAUCCAAAACUGAGGACCUACGGGCUGUGUAUGAAGCGGUACCCCUUCAGCCUGCCGUCAAACGCUGUUUGAAAGGAGCGGCCCCUUGGCUCCAAAACUUUAUGUCCACGUCGGACAUUGACGAUAAAUUUUGGACACCAGUCAGGCAUGGUGUGGCCCUGGAUCGUGUCAACAUACCUGUCAUGCUAGGAAGUGGAUGGUAUGAUACUUUCGCCUACCAGAGCAUGGAGCAAUACGAGCGUUUGAGAGAUCGUGGCUGCAAAGUGAACCUCACCGUUGGCCCAUGGACGCACAUGGAUGCUUGUGGGUUACAUUCAAUGCCGGAGGUCUUGGAUUUUCUUGAUGAGCACCUCGCUGGAGCUCACAAUUGCCCCCGGCCACUUCCGGUGAAGGCCUUUGUCUCUGGUACAAACGAGUGGCGGUGGCUACCUGUCUGGCCACCGUUUUCCAGCAAGCGAACCUUUUAUCUUUGUGGUGACUGCACCCUGGCAACAAAGCCUCCAAGGUCCGACUCGCCUUCGACGACGUUCAAAUUUGACCCUGCUUGUCCAACUCCGACCCUUGGUGGGCCUCUCCUCACGGGUGGUGGUCGAGUCGAUGAUAGUGCCUAUUCCCGAAUGUCUGAUAUCAACGUCUACACCAGCACUCCGUUGAGGGAGCAUAUUGAGGUCAUGGGCAAGCCCGUUGUAGAGCUUGCACACUCGACGGACAUCCCUCAACCGAAGAAGAGGUCUGGGACAGCGAGAGCGGCGAACGACGCCGAGGCACACCUGCUCCCAGUGACGCAACUGCUCGAGCAAACAGCUUUUACCGUCAGUUUAGAGAUCCGCACCACGCCACUCCACACGGACAUGAAGCUCUAUAGGAACGAGCAAGCACCGAGCCCUCUCGAUCGUUUUUCAAGCCUUCUGGAACGCAAGUACGACGUCCGACUCGAUCGGCUCGAGAAACGUCGGCCGCAUGUUGUGCUCCCAUGGUGGACUCCGCCAAUCACCCGGAUCGCCGAGGGUGCUGUCAAGGAGCACGAUAAAACAGAUCCAGCAACGGUGUGCGUGUACACUGACGGAAGUGGCAUUGACGGUCACGUCGGUGCAGCGGCGGUGGCACCAGCGCUGGAGAUCCAAGGCAUCCAGUCGAAGAGAGCGGGAUAUAUGGGCACAUCGACCACCGCCACCGUGUACGCUGCGGAGCUGAGGGGAAUGGAAGUCGCAUUCCAGAUCGUACUCGACGUCCACGCAAAGACCAACACUCCCGGCAACUGCAUCAUCUUCACUGACAAUCAAGCUGCCAUUCAAGCGAUGGCCAACCCUAAUGCCCCUCGGGACAGUAUAUCCUGA